UUUUCAAUUUCACCCAUUUUCCUCUUGGUUUGGACUAUAUUGGACUCUCCAUAUCUCUCCGCAUUGAUAAAAGAGUACUGAGUCGCCACUUUGCUAUCUCCGAAUCGUGACUGCUGUUCUUUCGGCCGGCACCGAAGAGCUUCCUCCCCCACCUGUCUUCCAGCAGUCGGAAAGAGUUCACUAUCCUUUAUAGAAUCGGUUUACUUCAUAAAACAAAGAAGCAGAUAUGGGCUUCUUCGCUGGGUUUUUCAGCGGAUUUGCCUUAACUACAACCGCCUUAUAUUUAACAGUUCAAGUACAUCGGUCUAUUCGCCUGGAACAACGUGAUGCUAUACGUCAACAGACUCAAGCUCUAAAUUGGUUAUCUUCACCUACAGGCGCCUACGAUCGCCGACUAGCCCCGAGAGAUAGCGCCCGACUAGAUAAGAAAACAACGGAGCCAGAACGGCCUACUAUGGAGGACUUGCUGAAGCAUCACUGGAACCAGGAAGUGGAAAAGCUGGCCAAAAAGGCAAACGAAAGUCGGUGGGAUGACAUGCGAGAAACGGCGCGGGAAGGAUGGAAGUCUGUGCUGAGGCUUGUAAAGAAGGAGUAGGUUCAAUUUGGCUGAGUACAUGUUCAUUGGAGUUGCUCGACGUUGGCGAGCAGAUAUGUCCAGAUACCCUUUCUUGUCUGUCAUUGACUAGCGUUUCUCAUGUAUUAUUAUUUUCCUUGUCGGUCCAACCUUACCAUUUUCCCUGCAUCGAAUGACAAUGUUGCAUUUUUAUACGCAAAUAAUGGCCACGGCCUUCUUCUCACAAUACCGC